GUGACCGGUUCGGAUGAUUUCACUGUCCGGCUGUGGGAUGCAGCGACAGGGCAGCCAGUCGGCGAGCCCUUCCAUGGGCACACUGACUCAGUUAGCUCAGUCUCGUUCUCGCCGGAUGGCACUCGCAUCGUGACCGGUUCGGACGAUUUCACUGUCCGGCUGUGGGAUGUGAUGACGAGGCACCCAUUGCAGCAGUAUGCAGAUAUAGAUCAUCCAACAUUAACAAACAAAUGCUGCAGCAUGCAUUCCAUCGAGGCCACCACUGCCACGACAAGCAACACUUGGAACGGUCACCCAAUCCGCUUCUCGUCCAACUCUACCCAUGCGCUGUGCGACCCUUCGCAGUUAACGGAGGGAGCAUCCCAUGAUGAAACUCGCUCCGCCUCCCCCUUUCUGAUGGCUGAUGAUGGAUGGAUUGUAGGACCCAAACAUCGUCUCUUUUUCUGGGUACCAUUCGCUUCUCGACACCCAUUUUACAGUCCUGGGACCGCAUUAGUGUUACCUAGAGGGGGUACAGAACUUGAUUUGAGCCGCAUGGCACAUGGACAACACUGGCAAAAGUGCCGAGAUCAACCUUGGUGACAAUGAUCUUGUUGCAGUAGUUGAUGUACUAUUACAGAGAUUUCAGAUGAGGGUUGUACAGUGUAUAAUGCUCCGUUGUUUAUUCUAUACCUAGCAUCAUGAUAGAGUUGUUAUGCGUCCUGCUGACUUAUUGGAGCACGUUACGACGGACAGUAAUGUGAGAUGCGAUUGCGCAUGGAGUGAGUCUUUUCUAUUCACUGGCGCCUCACGUGGCGGAAAAUGACACGGAAAAGCUGAAGAAACAGAAGAUCGCUGCUGCGGAUGGAAAGGUUUGAAGGUUCCUUGGUCGCUGUUUCCUUUGCACAG